AUGAAACAAACUGCGACGCUCAGGACGGAAAGUGGAGACUCGGAUCCGGCAGAAAUUGGACGCGGAGUGAGACAAGGGUGCUUGCUGUCACCAUUACUUUUUUCAAUCUACGCCGAAAUGAUGAUGAUAGAAGCAAUGGAGGGUGUGGAAGAAGGUGUUCGUGUUGGAGGAGAACUGCGGAAGGAUGUAAAGUUUGCGGACGAUCACGGUAUGGUGGCAGAGACGAAAGAAAGUCUGCAAAAGUUGAUGGACGCAGUAAGCAGGGUUUGAAAGACCUACGACAUGAAGAUCAAUGUGAAAAAAACGAAAGUGAUGAGAGUUUGUCGGAAAGGAAGCGAAAGGGAAGGAGGCAAUGCGGUACACAUAGUAGUAGACGGAGAAGAGGUGGAGCAAGUGAAGCAGUUCCGAUAUUUAAGAUCGCUGAUUUCGGAGGAUGGUACAUGCGAACCGGAAAUUAGGUGUAGGAUCGCAAUGACCAAGGAUGCAUUCAAUAGGAGGAGAGAGUUGCUCACGAAGCGAAUUAACAAAGACCUCAAGAAGAAGAUCAUCAAGACGGUGGUGUGGAGUGUCGCUCUGUACGGAUAAGAGACAUGGACUAUGAAGAAGAAGGAGAGAGAUAAAUUGGAGGCAUUCGAAAUGUGGACAUGGAGAAACAUGGAGAGGAUCAGCAGGCAAGAGCACAAGAUGAACGAAUAUGUGCUGGCGAGAGCGGGUGAAAGCCGGAGGAUUUUGGACGUCAUCUUGCAAAGGAAAAAAAGUUGGAUCGGACACAUUCUAAGAGGUGAAAGCCUGGUGAGAGAGGUCCUGCAGGGCAGAUUCUACGGAAAGCGUGGAAGAGGCAGGCCGCGUGCUAUGUUAUUGGAUGAUAUUAUAAACGAGGACUCGUAUGCGGACAUCAAACGAAGAGCUAUGGAAAGACAGAAAUGGAGAACAUGGGUGCUUAGAACCUGCCCUCGGCCAGAACACCAAUGAUGAUGAAUGCCGUUUUUCGAUGCACUUACAGAUUCCGUCUUAAAAGUGGAAUUGACGUUUUGGCCGAAGCGAAACUAUGUCAGACUGGCGUCUUUGAUAGUUUAUUUCCAUAUAUCAUAUUAACAGUACAUACUUCGUGCAGAAGCCUUUCAUCUAUAUUUUUCUGGUACAACAAUAACAGAUAUCAGCUAUGAUGGAAAGGUGUGUCUUGAAGAUAAUUACUCAACUAUAAUUAACCUAUUUUGUUGUGCUCAUAACGUAAAUAAAUUUCUCAUAACUAGUACAAACUGAAGCAUCUAGCUCUAACAACCUUAAAUAAACAGAUGUAAGUUUGUUCGGGAAUGGGACUCUUACUGUUGUUUAUGAAAAACUAGGGUUGAAAGCUUAGUGGUUAGGACAACGACACAUCAAUUCGAUGCUUCCAGUCUGAAUCUCGGUAGAGGCAUUUUAUUUUGUGUGUAAUAUGUUUUGUUUAAUUCUCACAGACGAUAACCUUUUUACAGACCAAAUUCAGUUACGAUUAGACUGAUUGUGCAGAGUAGCUUUUAAAAAAGGAUCAAUCACU